AUGCUUCGGCCAGCCGACGAGAAUGAAACCGCAGUGGAAAAGGGAGGGUAUGUGGUGUCGGAUAAUUCAGUGGGUUACGAACCGGAUACGAUUCUGAUUGGGACAGGAUCGGAAUCGGAGAUUGCAGUUAUGGCCGGGGAGGAAUUGAGGAAGGAAGGGAAGGCAGCGAGGGUGGGUGUCAUUUGUUUGAUGAGCAGAGUGAUGAGUAUAAGGAAAGUGUGUUUUCAAGUGGUUGUUGGGGCAAGGGUUAGAGUGGAGGCGGGGUCCACGUUUGGGUGGGAGAAGAUUAUGGGGGCAAAAGGGAAGGCGAUUGGGAUUGAUAGAUUUGGGGCGAGUGCUAAAGCGGGGAGGAUAUAUAAGGAGUAUUGGAUUACGGUUGAAGCUGUAAUUGGAGCGGCAAAGGCAGUUUGCUGA